AUGGCUAGGCCGCUACACAACCUAGUCAAGAAAGACACGCCCUGGAAAUGGGACACAAAGGAGCAAGAGGCAUUCCAAGGCCUAAAGAACGCCAUCACCAACGCCCCCGUACUCUGCCACGCCGACCCUACCAAACCUUAUUUCCUCGAGACAGAUGCAUCUGGCGCGGCCCUAGGAUCCAUACUCAGUCAACGCCAAGAGGACGGACGCCUACAUCCGCUGGGAUUCCUGUCAGAAUCAUUCAAGGGUGCUGAACAGAAUUAUGACACCCACAAUAAGGAACUCCUGGCCAUCAUCCGAUCAUUCGAAUACUGGCGCAUAUUCUUGGAAGGUACCCUGCACCCCAUAACGGUUUUCACUGAUCACCGGAACCUGGAGUACUGGAAGGAGUCUAGAACCUUCAAUCGCCGCCACGCACGGUGGCACCUCCUCCUUGCCGGUUACAAUUUCCAGAUAGUCUAUUGCCCAGGGAAACAGUCAGGAAAACCAGAUGCCCUCUCACGCCGCUCGGAUCAUGCCGAUGUCCCUCCUGCCGAUCAAACAAUGCUUCCAGACCCUGUAUUCGCCAACGUUGCCCUAGUCACACCAGAAAAGGAAUUACAACGACAGAUUGAGUUGUCCCUGGAUCAGGACGAGUCGCUAGAAGAAAUCCUCCAAUUCUUACAGAACGAGUCCAAGGCACCGCCCUCCAUCAAACGCGCAUUCAAGGAUUACGAGAUGGAGGCGGGGUUACUUUUCUAUCAAGGACGAAUUGUAGUCCCCGACGUUGGAACACUAAGGACAGAUCUACUCCGCAUUUUCCAUGACAGCCCCCUGGCAGGACACCCGGGAAGACAGCGCACUCUGGAAUUGGUGUCAAGAAGUUACUACUGGCCGGGUAUCCGCAGUGACACGUAUUGGCACGUGGACUCCUGUGAAACGUGUCAACGGAUCAGGAAGCCCAGAUACGCGUCCAUUCCACCCCAGCCUCUGGAACUACCGUCUAGACCCUGGCAACAUGUUUCCUACGAUAUGAUUGUGGACCUACCAAAGGACGGGAAUCACGACUCGAUCCUAGUCAUCAUUGAUAGCUUCACUAAGUACGGAAUAUUUGUCAAAUGCUCCAAGAAACUAAAAGCCCCAGAACUGGCGGAAUUAUUCUUGGAACACGUAUGGAAACAACACGGCAUGCCUGAAAAAACAAUUUCGGAUAGAGGGAGGGUGUUCAACAACAGAUUCUUGAAGGCGCUGUACAAACGCCUGGGAAUUGACCCCCACUUCUCCUCGGCGUAUCAUCCCCAGAGCGAUGGCCAAACUGAACGGGUCAACCCGUCCAUCGAACAUUUCCUAAGGGCAUACUCUGGCAUCAACCAACGGGACUGGACAAAAUGGCUGCCCAUGGCGGAGUUUGCAUACAACAACGCCGUACAUAGUAGCACGGGCAAGACCCCUUUCAAGGCCCUGUAUGGCUGGGAACCUACCCUGACCCCAUCAAACGUACCAACAGACGUCCCGGAAGCAGACGACCUGGCCCAAACAAUGGAGGCACAGUGGAUGGAGGUGGAAUCUGCACUCCGGCAGUCCAAACAACGAAUGACAGCCGGAGAAGAUGGGAGCCCAACAGAGUUUGAAGUUGGAGAAGAAGCUUGGCUGGAUGCCAAGAACGUUAACCUUAAAACACUAAGUCCCAAACUAACGGAACAACGUCUGGGACCCUUCAAGGUUAUCGAAAAAAUCUCCGACCGGGCUUAUUGUCUAGAGCUUCCCCCAACCAUGAGGAUCCACAACGUCUUUUAUGUGGGACUCCUAUCUAAGGUCAAAAGGGAUAAAAAACGUAAAUUUGAAAACCGUCCCCCACCAGUCACCGUGGACGGAGAGGAAGAAUACGAGGUCGAGGGAAUCACUGAUGCCGAAGAAAGGAACGGAAAAUGGUUCUUCCGAGUCAAAUGGAAGGGAUACGGGUCCGAAGAAAACACGUGGGAACCCCGAGAAAACCUAAAAAACGCCGAAAAAAUUUUAGAAAAAUACGAAAAAGACAUGAAAAAGAAGGCCCUCGGCGCUGCCAAGGCCCUUAGAGGGGGGGCAGUGUCGUAG